CACACACAAACACACACACACGUACACUCACACUCUCACUCGCUCGCGAACACAGACGCCGAGAGAGACGCUCAUACACAUACAUAUAGAGGGAGGGGAGAGCCUACCGACUACAGCUGCCUGCAGUCAUGGACUCCCUGAGCGACGCGCUGAAGGCCAUCAGCGUGAGCACGGAGCUCAUCGACGAGGAGCUGAGCCCCCACCUGGACACGGUGCUGACCGCCCUCCUGGAGAAGAAGGAUGGAGCUGCGGAGCAGGUAGCGGCGAGUGGGAUUCUGACCACACUGGCCAACACUCUGAGGAAGAACACCCCCCUCACGCCACAGGUGGCCCUGGUGGUUGCCGAGGUGGGCAGAGAAGCCUCGGUGAGGGAACGCUGUAUUGAGGCCGGCCUGGUGAACGCUCUCCUUCCCCUGCUGAACAGCUCCGACCAGGACCUGCUGCUCCACACGGGACGCGCCAUCGGACGCAUCUGCUUCGACAACAGCCCUCAGCAGGACCGGCUGGUUCAGAAUGGGGUCAUUCCCCGGCUGGUGGCCAUCAUGCAGGAGUACCCUGAGAAUGACCCCCUGGUCAACGUGUGCCUGCUGGCCCUCUGUAACCUGGCUGACAUGGACUCAGCGCGGGAAGCCCUAGUGGAGGUGUCUGUAGCCGAGGCCCUGACCACACAGCUACGACGGGCCCCCGACGCAGAGCGCCGGCACGUCAUUCUGGAGGUGCUGGGAUCUCUGGGAGAAAGCGAUGCGCUGAAGCUGCAGUUUGUGGAGUCGGGGGUCCCCCAGGCCCUGUCCGAAAUGAUUCGCGGACUCCAGGGGGGCUCCGACCCCCACGACCUCUGCAGCAUCAAGAUCGCGUCCAAUCUCAUCGUGUCACUCCUGCUGGGGGAUGAGUCCAUGCAGAAGUGUUUUGGCGAGGGGGCGGGGACCGUGUACCAGGACAUCCUGUCCUGGCUGCAGUCGUCCAACACCCAGCUGCAGCUGGCCGGGGCGCUGGCCAUUGCCAACUUCGCCAGAAACGACAGCAACUGUGUGCGAAUGCUGGAGUUGGGCGUGGUCCCCCAUAUCCUGGACCUGCUGGAGCAUCACGUGGACGAGGGGGACGUGUCCGUCCAACACGCUGGACUGAGCGCGCUCCGGAACCUCGCAAUCCCAGCGACGAACAAGGUGCGGAUGUUGGAGGAUGGGGUGGUGGAGCGGAUCAGGACCCUGCUUCGCUCAGACAUGCCCCCGGUGCAGUUUAAACUCCUGGGCACCCUCCGCAUGAUGGUGGAUGGCCAAGAGGAGGCGGCCACAGUGCUGGGAAAGGACGAGGUGCUGUUGGCGCGGGUGAUAGAGUGGUGCGAGGCCCGGGACCACGCCGGGGUCAGAGGGGAGGCAAACCGCCUGCUGGCUGCACUCAUCAGGCACAGCCGAGCUCCAGAAGUGAUCCACGCCGUGACAAAAGCAGACGGGGUGCGACACCUCAUCACCAUGGCAACAAGCGAGCACGUCAUCAUGCAGAACGAAGCCCUGGUCGCGCUGGCAAUUGCCUCAGCUAUUGAAAUUGACUCCGUGCAGGAGCCAUUCCGGGAGGCGGGGCUGCUGCCCACCCUGCAGAAGAUGCUGGACGACCCUGUGGGUGCGGUGGAGAUCAAGUUCAGCGCCAUCGGCCUCAUCUGCAGCCUGGCCAACUCCAGCUUGCUGAAGGAGCAGAUGGAAUCUCUGAACCUGAAAGAGAGCCUGUCCAAGCUCUCCAGCCACACCAGCAGCAAGUUGGCCACGCAGGCAGACACGGUGCUGGCGGUCCUGUCUGAAACCAGCUAGAUCGUGACCCAAACGCACCCCCCGCCCCAGACACGCAUGCACACACACACACACACAGGCACGCGCGCACACGCACUGCCACCGAUCUCACCUGCUGAUCUACCGCACCCGACCCAAACUUACCCAACCACUGCCGACUUGACACAACCACAGCAAAAGGAGAUGGGAGAUGUGACAGCUGACUCCCCCGGACGAAGCCACUAUUGUGAGCCAGAGUGGAUCGGACACCAUGAAUCUGGGUGUCAUCUAAUACAAGAGUGACUUCCCAACCCAAUUAAAACCACAGUAGCACAGGCAGUCUGUGGACCCCCCC